UUGUCUGAGUUGAAGGAAAAGCCGUAAAGUAGCAGGAAUCUUUCUGAGUCGAAGAGAACAUUUCAAUUCCUGUUGUUUUCUGCUGUAGCUCAGUGGCAUGGCCCAUCGUCUGUUUGAAGGUAAGGAGCAUGCAACCUCCUACUGGAAGUACAGGGUCUCUCCCUCAGCUCAGCUCAUUGAAGAAGUCAUGUCCUUCCUAAAGAAAAAGGGCGUGCAGCCCUGUGACCUGGCAGUAGACGUGGGCUGUGGGUCGGGUCAAGGGACCGUGCUCCUGGCCCCUCACUUCUCCUCAGUGGUGGGGACCGACAUCAGCCCUGCCCAGUUGGAGGUGGCCCAGGAGCACACAACCGCCCCUAACAUCUCCUACAGACAGUGCCAGGCUGAGGAGCUGCCGUUUGCAGACAGCUCAGUGGACCUGGUGACGGCCAUGUCUGCCUUCCACUGGUUUGACCGGCCGCGGUUCCUCCAGGAAGCCCACAGGAUCCUGAAGGCUAAAGGUUGCCUGGCCCUACUCAACUACACCAUGGAUAUGGAGCUUGACUAUGGAGACUGCUCCCACACACUCAACACAGUCUGCAAAGAGUUUUAUGCUGCACUCCUGCCCUAUCGUAACCCCUGCCUGGGCCCUUGCUCUGUUGCUCUUUACAAACAGUGCUACGAUUCCAUCCCCUACACAGACAAAGAGUGGCAGGAGUGUAUGUGGGUGAAGAAGUCCAUGACUCUGUCCAACUACAUGGGUAUGAUAGAGUCCUUUUCCAGCUACCAGGCUCUACUAAAGAAAGACCCAAAGGAAGCCAGCAGACUGUCAACUGACAUCACCCACAGACUGUUGGCUGUGAUGGGGGUGACCUCCCCAGAGACUGAGCUUGUGGUUGGAGUAAGGUAUUUCUACCUGCUAGCCUGCAGGUCAGAUGACUAGCUACCGAUGGCUGACUGAGACUACAUUGUGUUCCCUUUGACACUGAACACUCUAAGAUGUGCUACUACUUAUCUGUCUUGAUUGUGUUAUUGACUGUACGCUUCUCAACUGUGUUGUUUGAUUUUGUCACACUGCUUUGCUUUAUCUGGUUGCAGUUGUAAAUAAGAACUUGUUCUCAACUGGACUUCCUGGUUAAAUAAAGGUGAAAUCAAAUUGAUGCAUGGUGAACAUGAGAAAUUAUAGAAUAAGUGAUUACAUUUGUAUUAUAACUUUCCAGAGAUUGGCAUCUCAUUUGUUAUAUUUGUCACUCUGGCUACAGUUUUGUUUACUUUACAAGCACACGAACCUAGCCCAGUGGUAUGAGUGAUACCAGAUUUGUGUGUGUGUGUGUGUGCAGAGUAGAGGAUUCCAAGCAGAGGGAUCUCUUCAUGGAUAAAAGUACUGGUACCUGGCACAGCACUCUCAGUAUCCAGUUUUCCUGCUUCUAUAGAUUACUUUUCAGAAUAUCUGUGUGUGGGUGUUUCUAAGUCCUAAACUCCAAGUGAGAACAAUUCAUUUCCCUGGCUGAUAUGGUUCUCCUUAGAAAUGCUACAAGAGUAAAUGAAUAGAUGACAUUCACUGCUAUAAAGCUGUCUCCAAUACAAUCAUAUCAUUUACACAGACCUACUUCAGACCUUCGUGUGAACAGGCAUUCCAUUGUCUGUUUUGUCAACGACAACGAUGCCUUCCAAUGGCUUGUGCUAACCAGAUGAUCCCAAUCAUUUAGGUAGCCUAGUAAACCAAGACCCCUCUGGUAUGAUAUUCUUGAUUUAUUUAACCUUUAUUUAACUAGUUAUAUUACGAACUGUCUGGGACUUGUUGUUGUUUCCCUGUUUACUAUUCAAAGAUAUUUUACUUAUUAAGUCAAAGACAAAAUUACCUGCAAAUAUAUUAGCAUAACUAGGCUACACAGAACCAUGGCGGACGCAUUAAAGCGUGUCCCAGUCCAACAUACCUAGCCCUCGUCGUCUUCCACCGGAUCGAGUACUCACCUGUGAGAAAAUGUAAUAGCUCAACUCUUUAAAAAAAAAAAAAAUUAAAAACAGGAACGAUUUUCUGUUAAAAAAUCCAAAUGACAUCAGUUUGACAGGUUGUCAGGAAAUAGAAAGCUGUGAAAAUGACAGAACAUGUUUCUGAUUAGAUUUCAGUUCGGCUUCAACGCAUAUUAUAUGUGGUUGAAAUACUAUCAGCUUUUAUGAUGCUAAUUAAGAUAGCAUCUCUAAAGACGGUAUUUAACUGCCCAUUCAAAUCUUCUCAAUAUGCUAAAAGAAAUAAAUCAUUUUUCUACAAGAAAAUAAUGAAAGAAAAACUCAAUGUAGCCUAUAAAUUGUACAAGAAUUAUAGGGCACUGGGGUUAACUAGUCACCCCCC